GUCCCAUUGAGACACUCAGUUCCUCAUUGAGUAAGUGAAUUAGAGGCCAUGUGACUCUCUUCCUCUUUCAGUCUGGCUUGAACUUCGUCUGACAAAGGACAAACUGUCUCUUCCUGACAAACCGCUGCUUCAGUUGUUACGAUGUUCCUGUGCGGUUGGCUGGCUCUCGUGGCUCUCAUCCCCACAACCAUAAGCACCGACCCUGGAGUAAAGGUCAGGCUGACAGCAAACGGCAUUGAAUAUGGCAGACAGCUGGGCAUAGCUGCCGUGCAGCAGAAACUCAGAUCCAUCAAAAUUCCAGACAUUUCAGGGACAGAGAAGGUGUCUCCGAUUGGAAAGGUCCAGUACAGUUUGUCAAAUAUGCACAUAGUGGAUGUGGGAUUGCCAAAGUCUGCAGUGGAUCUGGUGCCGGGGACCGGAGUCAGACUGUCUAUUGGUGAUGCCUUCAUCAGUCUGAAUGGAAACUGGAGGGUCAAAUACCUGCGAAUAAUAAAGGACAGCGGCUCGUUUGAUUUGAAAGUGGAUGGCCUCACUGUCACUACAAACAUCGCCAUCAAGAGUGACGAGACAGGCCGACCGACGGUCAGUACAGCCAGCUGUGCAGCCACUGUUGGCAGUGCGACCAUCAAGUUCCAUGGUGGAGCGAGUUGGCUGUACAAUCUCUUCAAAACGUUCAUUGAUAAGGCUCUGCGUAAUGCACUCCAGAAACAGAUCUGCCCCCUGGUGACCGAUGCAAUAGCUGAUUUAAACCCUCACCUGAAAACUCUCAAUGUCUUAGCUAAGGUGGACAAGUAUGCAGAGAUUGAAUAUUCCAUGGUGGCAUCACCCACUGUUUUAGAUUCCUCUAUAGAUCUGAGCUUGAAGGGUGAAUUUUACAACAUCGGGAAGCAUCAGGAGCCCCCGUUCUCCCCCGCAGCCUUUUACUUGCCGCCCCAGACCAACAACAUGUUGUACAUUGGCAUGUCUGCCUUUACUGUCAACUCUGCAGCCUUCGUUUACAACCAAGCUGGAGUCCUCAGCCUGUCCAUCACUGACGACAUGAUCCCAAAAAGCUCUCCCAUCCGACUCAACACCAGAACAUUUGGAGCCUUUAUCCCGCAGAUUGCCAAACAGUUCCCAGGUCUGAUGGUGGAACUGCUGGUGAAGACGGUGGAAACCCCCAUGGUCACUUUUGAGCCCAACAACGCAACAGUUCAGGCCACCGCCACAGUGACGGCCUACGCCAUCCAACCCAACUCCACUCUGUCCCCUCUUUUUGUCCUGAACAUGGAGUCCAGCGUGAGUGUUCGUGUGUUUGUCAGUGAAAUGAGGAUAGCUGGAGAAGUCACCCUCAACAAAAUGGAUCUGACCCUGGCCAAAAGUUAUGUGGGAGAUUUUCAGGUCAAAUCCCUCGAUAACAUCUUUCAAGGGGUCCUCAAAUGGGUGGUGAUACCCACAGUUAAUGCCCAACUUGCUAAAGGAUACCCACUUCCCACAAUUGGAAAGAUGAAGCUUAUGAACACCCAGCUUGAUGUUCUGAAGGACUACAUCCUGAUUGGGACAAAUGUUCAGUUCAGCUGAACUGCACUCCUGAAAACUCCCGGGACGCUUUUCUGGAUUCGGGCAUCAGUCCAUGAAGUCACAGUUACAGUCAGAGUGCAGCAAUCUGACAGAAAUUACAAAGCAAUGACUAAACUUAUGAUAUCAGAAUAAGAAAUACUGGCUGCUUUUUGAAUUCAGACAUUUGAUUUUUAUACAUGUUGUAUUUUCUAUGUAUUGAUUUUUGUUCUAAAGUGAACUGUUCAUGGGUUUGAUACAUACUGAAUUAAUUUUUUAUUCUACAUGACCUGAAAUGAGCAGUUGAGCUCAUAAACUUCUCCAAAUUCUUCAGAAAGGUGCUCCAACGCUUCCUUUAUUACCUCCUUUAGCACAGGAUACACUGGGACUAUCCUUCAUGAAAGGAGAGGAGAAAUUGCCAUCCUAUAAUUCAGUUGUUCAUGAAAACAAUCAACAAAACUGAGAAAGCAUCUCGUGUAAUUGUUAAUUAUAACUGCACAUUUUAUACCAUAAGUUGCUAAAAUGUUUUGAAUUUUCAACAACAAGCAAACAGCUGCACUCUAAAGAUCAAACU